AUGCCCAAUGCAAAGCGACUGUUGCAAACAGAUCUUAUUCCAUGCAGAAAAGAACUACAGCUGUUACGUAAAUAUGAAAGGUUACUGGAGACUUCUCAACAGAAUCUUUUCUCGGAGCCGCCGCGUCAGGGCACCCGGCAGGAGCCUCCGCCGCCGCACGAGGCGCCCGCGCCGCGCCGCACGGUCCGUCUGGAGCUGGUGCUGAAGGACCCGACCGAGGAGGGCUGCGUGGAGUUCAGCUACCCCGAGCUGCUGCUGUGCGGGGACCCGCGGAGAAAAUCUGCCCACUCAGAAGAUCCGUUUAAUGAUGAACAGCGUGAACGGCAUGAGGUGGAAAUGCUGGCCAAGAAGUUUGAGGCAAAAUAUGGUGGGAAGUCUCACAAGCAUCGGAAGGAUCGCCUGCAGGAUCUGAUUGAUAUAGGCUAUGGCUAUGAUGAAACAGACCCUUUCAUUGAUAAUUCUGAAGCUUAUGAUGAAUUGGUUCCUGCAUCUCUGACAACCAAAUAUGGAGGGUUUUACAUCAACACUGGAACGCUGCAGUUCCGUCAGGCAUCUGAUUCAGAGGAUGAAGACUUUGUAGAAGACAAAAAGCACAGGUCACCUAAAGUAUCCAAGUUAAAAGAAGGAGAGGACCAUGGGAUGAAGAAGCGCAAGAGGAAAGAGGAAGGGACAGAGAAGGAGAAAAAGCCUCGAAAAAUGAAAGUUCCUAAGCAGUUGGGAGUAAUAGCCUUGAAUUCACACAAGUCUGAGAAGAAGAAGAAGAAGUUGUACAAGGACUCGCUUUCUCUUGCUGCCAUGCUCCGGAAGUUCCAAAAGGAGAAGGAAGCCUUGAGGCAGAAAGAAUCCAAUCCAAAAACUCCAGUGACUGUUGCAACCUCCACCUCCAUCUCUGCUCCUAAUAAACCUCCUUCCUCCUCUGCCAGCACUGGAAAUGAUGUUUCUGACUUGAACCUCAGGGUCCCUGAUCCUGUCCUCUCCAUUUUUGGUAGCACAAGUGAGCGUGAGCUCUUGCAGGAAGCUGAAAGUGCUCUGGAGAUGUUGGGAGAUAUUGACUUUGACAAGCUGCUUGAUGGCGCCUCUGAUGGCAGCCCAGUGUCUGAGCUGUCAGGAGAAAACGGAAAUGCCACUCAGCCAACCCAAACCUCUCAGGUCAUGACACCCAAGCAGGUGCCUGCCCUCCCAGAAGGUCUGCCUGUACUACUUGAAAAACGCAUUGGAGACCUUCGAAUAGCUGCCAAGUUGUUUGAUGAAGAAGGCAGGAAGAAAUUUUUCACACAGGACAUGAACAAUAUUCUGCUGGAUAUUGAGCUACAGUUACAGGAGAUAAAUCCUGCCAUCCGCAAUGGAGUGUACUCCCACCUUGAGGCUUUUGUGCCAUGCAAUAAGGACACACUGAUAAAGCGUCUGAAGAAGUUGCACCUCAAUGUCCAGGAUGACCGUUUGAGGGAACCACUGCAAAAACUGAAGCUGGCUGUCAGCAAUGUCAUGCCUGAACAGUUAUGCAAAUACCAGGAAGACUGCCAGGCCCGCAGUCAAGCCAAAAAUGCGAAAUUGCUAGCAGAAGAUGAACGAGAGAAGAAUGGGUCGGAGGAAGAUGAUGAGGAGAAGCCAGGAAAGAGGAUUGUGGGGCCAAGAAAGAAAUUCCACUGGGAUGAUACUGUGAGAGGUUUGUUGUGUAACCUUGUCAAGAUCAAGCUGGGAUGUUACGAACUAGAGCCAAAUAGAAGUCAGUCUCCGGAAGAUUACCUCAAGACCUUUAUGGAAACAGAAGUGAAACCGCUCUGGCCUAAAGGCUGGAUGCAGGCUAGGAUGCUCUUUAAAGAAAGCCGAAGUGUUCACAAUCAUCUCACUUCUGCUCCGGCAAAGAAGAAGGUGAUUCUGGCACCUAAACCCAAAGUGAAGGACUCAAGUCCAAAGAAAGAGCAGAAAACCUGUGCAUCUUCAGUGACUUCAACUUGUGCUACAACAUUGAAUUCCAGCACAUCUGUCAGUACUCCGAACAGCUCUGUCUGUACACCAGCUCCAGAAACCAUUUGCCUGGAUGACUCGCUGGAUGAAGACCUCUCUUUCCAUCCACCCUCACUGGAUUCUAUUUCUGAUGCUCUGGCAGUUAUCAACAAUGGAGCAAAGGGCUCUCCUCUUGGGUCCACUAUUGACACACCAACCUCAAGACCUCGCCCUGGGCUAAGGGAAGAAAAGCUAGCAAGCAUAAUGAGUAAGUUGCCUCUAGCAACCUCAAAGAAAGUAGAGUCAGCUCAGACUCCACAUUCAUCAAGUCUUAUUGCUGGUCACACAGGGCCAGUACCAAAGAAACCCCAAGAUUUGGUUCACACUGGCAUCUCUUCAGGCCUUAUUGCUGGAUCUUCAAUUCAAAACCCUAAGGUUUCCUUAGAACCUUUGCCAGCCAAACUACUUCAGCAAGGACUACAGAGGUCAAGCCAGAUCCAAGCUGCUUCUUCUUCACAGACCCAUAUUUCUUCUUCCUCCUCCAAGGCUCAAGCAGCUACUUCCACCCCCACUCAGAGGCCCAAGGAUGCUGCUGUCCUAGUAUCUUCUUCAGAGGCCCAAGGUGGUUCUUCCUCAACGUUACAGGUGACAAAGGUGCACCAGCAUUCAGCUGUCCAACAGAAAUAUGUCUCUCCUCUACAAGCAACUAUUAGUAAAUCACAGACCAACCCAGUGGUGAAAUUGAGUAGCAAUCCCAAACUCUCCUGUUCAUCCCCAGUCAUGAAGACUCCAGAUAAGCCAGUAGUAUACCGGCUUCCUUUGUCUAACCCCUCAUCUGGAAGCGGCUCUCAAGUAUCCCACCCACUGGUUUCUCGGACAACAUCCAGCACCUCUACCUCUACUAACUAUUUGGCCAAGGCUAUGGUGUCGCAGGUUUCUUCCCAGGGUUUCAAGCCUCCAUUCACAAUGGCUGCUUCUCCUAAACCUGCGGCCUCUCCCAAACCCACUUCAUCCAAACCCUCUGUGACACCCAAGCCCACUGCAUCACCUAAAUUCUCAUCUAAAUCCACCUCAUCCCCUAGGCCCACAACAACACCCAGUUCUUCCAGUUCAAGUGCACUAGUAUCCCAGAGUAGUCACUCCAGCAACAGUCCCCUUCAUAAACAGACCAGCGGAGUAAAUAUCAGCAGGCAGUCUCCCACAAUGAACUUGUUGCCCUCUAGUCGCACCUCAGGCCUCCAAUCUACAAAAAACCCUCAGGCCUCUUCAAAAUUGCCCAACUCUUCUCCCUCUGGAACUGUUGGCAAAAAUAACUUGAGUGGAGUCGGAAUGAAUGUACCUGCCAGCAGAGGCAGUAAUCUUAACUCAAGUGGAGCUAGUAGGACUAGUCUGUCUGGGGGAGCAGGAAGUGGAACACAGGGUGCUACUAAACAGUUGUCAACUCCACACAGACCAUCUUCUGCCUCAGGGUCUCCAGUUGUAGCAGCCACCGUGCAGGUAUGUAUUACUGGGGACAGUUCUUGAGUCUGAUCAUGAAAUUUAUCUGGUUUUUUUUUUUGGUUUUUUUUGUAACAUCUCUUUUCACAAAAGUAUUUUGAAGUAUUAUGCACAUCUUUAACAUGUGUACUGAAAUUAUUUCAUACAGGUGAAAGAGAUUUUUCCAAAUGGUCAUGAACACUUAAACUGGCAGGGAA